UCACGAUCCGAGAGCAGAGGGUCUCGAAGUCUAGCGGGUUCUAGACACACCCCCGAGCUCCUCUUUAAAGUCUCCCUACACCCGCCCCCCAUUCCACACUUUCAAGUAUUCAUCAGUGCAUUAGUGCAUUUUCAUCGAGCUUGCGCUUCUCGCGAUCUUAUUCCGCAGCACUUCGUUGAUAGAUCAUCGGGUUUAUUGAUUGUAAUUGUCGAUCGGGAAGGUUUGUACUACUGGUUGUUAUUUUUCAAGACCGAGUGUACAGAGUUCGAUACUUCUAAUUGGAUUGAUCUUAGUGGCUCUUUGGUCAACUUGAGAGAAUGGAUUUCCCUCUGUUCCAGAUCCUGAGCUUCCCUGAUGAGCUUGAGAAGUCGCUGAAUCCACAGUCCCAGAAGUAUGUGCGCGACACGAAGGCCAUGGUCAGCACAGCCGUGGACGUGAAGGAGCUUCCCGAUGCCUACGUCUUUGUAGCUGACAUGCCAGGACUAAAAUCAGCCGACGUGAAGGUACAACUGGAGAAUGACAAUGUGCUCGUGAUUGGCGGCACACGAAAACGUGAGGAGCCAGAUCCCAAAGUUAAAUAUAUUCGCAUGGAGCGCAAUUCUGGCACAUUCAUGCGCAAGUUUACGCUUCCUCAGAACUCCAAUUUGGAUAAGAUUGCAGCCUCUUGUGUCGAUGGUAUACUCACAGUUACUGUUCCCAAGAUUCCUCCUCCAGAACCUGCGAAGCCAAGAACAAUCGAGGUGACUAUGGGGGGAAAGUAGGAUCACACUAAGAGGGCUCUCUAGAAAUGACACGGAUGACGUACAGGGGCUAAAAAUGCCAGAGCAUCAUGGCAAGAUUUGUGCAGGCAGUUCUGAACCGUGAGUUGUAUGCAACUCUGGUUGGUUGGGAGGUGCUAGUUAUGCCACUGUAGUAGACAGUGUGAGAUACAACGUUUGGAUACUUGCGAUGUGACAAAUCUAGAGGAAUAGGUGUGAGACUGCCGAAUUUGUAUAGUUUUUGGUCGCUAAAUGGCAGAGGACCUGAAAUGGUUCCAGACGUAAAUAACCAGAGCAUGUCUUACUUGAGUUAAAUUUUAUGAAGUAUUUCAAGUGAAGUCUCAGUUUCAAGUA